AUGUCUCUCACUCGGCUUCGGUCGAUCCAUUCCCGGCCAUCUCCUCCUGCAGACUUUUAUGCUUUUCUCCUUCAGACGUGCGUGCGGACCGAGAACGUCUCCGCCGGCCGAUCCAUCCACGCACAUGUCGUCAAGGCCGGCCUCCACCUCGGCGUCUACCUCGUGAACAAUAUCAUCAAUCUCUACGCUAAGUUUGGAUUUUUUACCGAUGCCCACAAUGUUUUCGACGGGAUGCAUCUCAAGAAUGCGUUCUCGUGGAAUACCUUGCUGGCCAUGUAUGCAAAAGGUGGUAUGAUUGGAAGGGCGAAUAAGGUGUUUGUUGAAAUGCCCCAGAGGGACUCUGUUUCUUGGACCACGAUGAUUGUGGGAUUGAAUCUGAUGGGAGAAUUUGAACGGGCGGUUGUUGUGUUCCUGGAGAUGGUUCGGUUUGGAGUGCCACCGUCACAGUUCACAUUUACUAAUGUGCUCUCAUCCUGUGCAGCCCUCGAGGCGUUGGACGUGGGUAGAAAGGUGCAUUCUUUUGUGGCUAAGCUUGGGCUGAGUGGUGUUGUUGUCGUAGCUAAUUCCCUGAUCAACAUGUAUGGAAAGUCGGGGGACGUAGAGACUGCAAAGGCUGUUUUUGAUAUGAUGAGAUUGAGGAGUGUAUCGAGUUGGAAUUCUAUGAUUUCGAUGUAUUCUCAGUCUGGAAGAAUGGAUCUUGCUCAGGACCAAUUCGACGAGAUGACUGAUCGUAACAUUGUCACUUGGAAUGCGAUCAUUGCAGGAUACAAUCAGAAUAACCUGAAUCAGGAGGCAUUGGAGUUCUUCUCGCGUAUGCUAAAAGAACAGUCUGUGGUCCCUGAUAAUUUCACGUUAACCAGUGCUCUUUCUGCUUGUGCUUUCCUAGGACUGUUGAGAGUGGGAAAGCAGAUCCAUUCCCGUAUAGUCAGAACUGAAAUGCCAUGUCAUGGGCAGGUUGGGAAUGCUUUGAUCUCAAUGUACUCCAAGUCUGGUGGGGUAGCAAUUGCUCGAAGGGUUCUUGAACGAACAAUGGCUUCUGAUCUUAGUGUCGUAUCCUUUACUGCACUCCUCGAGGGUUAUGUUAAGCUCGGAGACUUACAACCAGCUAGAGAAAUCUUUGACUUGAUGAAUUAUCGGGAUGUUGUUGCUUGGACAGCUAUGAUUGUUGGGUAUGUUCAAAAUGGUUUCAAUAGUGAAGCCAUGGAUCUCUUUAGGUUGAUGGUUGACAAUGGUCCUAAGCCAAACCAUUACACGCUGGCUGCAAUACUGAGUGUUUGUUCGAGCUUGGCAUCCUUGGAUCAUGGCAAGCAGAUUCACUGCAGAGCUAUCAGAUCAACAGGACUGUCAGUUUCUGUGAGCAAUGCCCUUAUUACCAUGUAUGCUAGAUCUGGAAGCAUUGCAGGAGCAAAGACAGUGUUUGAUCAGAUAUGUCAGAGUAAAGAAACUGUCUCAUGGACCUCAAUGAUCAUAGCUUUGGCUCAACAUGGACUAGGAGAAGAAGCUAUAGUCUUGUUUGAAAAUAUGAUUAGCACAGGCGUGAGGCCCGACCAUAUAACAUAUGUUGGUGUGAUUUCAGCAUGUACACAUGCAGGACUAGUUGAGAAAGGGAGGCAUUAUUUUCAACAGAUGCAGACUAAGUAUAUGAUCCAACCCGCACAAAGCCAUUAUUCAUGCAUGAUUGAUCUGUUUGCGCGUGCUGGUUUAACUCAGGAUGCCCAAGAGUUCAUCAAAACGAUGCCAGUAGAACCAGAUGCCAUAGCAUGGGGGUCCCUUCUGGCUGCUUGCAAAGUUCAGAAAGAUGCUGACUUGGCAAAGGUUGCGGCAGAAAGAUUGCUGGCUAUCGAUCCUGUUAACAGUGGUGCUUAUUCUGCACUUGCUAAUGUAUAUUCUGCAUGUGGGAAAUGGGAUGAUGCUGCUAAGAUUUGGAAGCUAAUGAAGGAUAAAAGAGUGAAGAAAGAGCAAGGGUUUAGCUGGACACACAUAAAGAACAAGGUUCAUGUCUUCGGAGUUGAUGAUGGAUUGCACCCACAGAGGGAUGCAAUAUAUCAGAUGGCUGCAAAGCUCUGGAAGGAGAUUAAGAAAGCAGGUUUUGUUCCUGAUACCCAAUCUGUCUUGCACGACAUUGAUGAGGAGUUGAAGGAGCAAUUACUUAGUCAUCACAGCGAAAAGCUUGCUAUUGCUUUUGGGUUGAUCAGUACUCCUGAGAACACAACUUUGAGGAUUAUGAAGAACCUAAGAGUCUGCAAGGACUGUCACUCUGCAAUAAAGUUUAUAUCCAAAAUCGUAGGACGGGAAAUCAUUGUGCGAGAUGCUACUCGCUUUCAUCACUUCAGAUAUGGCUUCUGCUCAUGCAAAGAUUUUUGGUAGAAUCCAUCUAGCAUAUCGAUAAUUGUUUUGCUUAUUCAAUGAUAAACUCUGGAACCAUACAGAUGAACGAUCUUAUUCAGGAGAUCCAGGCCUAGCAAAAGACAAGUCUGGAUGCUGUAAAUUUUGAUAUAUGCUAUCAACAGGGAAGAAUUAGGAUACAUGAGAUCCGAUUCUAAGGCUGAGACCCAAAAGAACAAUGUUAUCUGGAGAAGGAAAUAUUGGGAAAGAGGAUAGUCCAACCUCAAAUGUGACGACCUUUUAUCUUAGCACAACCAUAAAUUUACUUUUUACAGGAAAUCUGUAACUUGCUGGCAUAGGUCUGAAGCAAAAUGAACUUCUUCAGGUAUAUAUAGGGAGGCAGCAGCAAACUAGGCCAUGGACGUGGAAUCAGGGACACGCAGCACCGUGCCUGGUGAGUGGCCAGAUGCUUCGCAGGGGACCAUGCAGUCUACUUUUGUGUAGCAUCUAUCAAUGUAAUCGUAGUGGCUGCUGCCAUCUUGCACUGAUUCCCAGCCGGUCAUCUGAAACUGAUCAAACCAUGAGAUAAAACUCAACCAAUAGAAGAGGAAACAGGGCAAGUCGAAGUAGAAACUUAUCUGCCAUUGUUUACUGUUGGACCGAGAAGACAUGAUGAUGUUGGAGAAGAAUUGAAGAUCUACCAUCAUCUUUAAGCUCUUAACUGCCGUUAUUUUCAAGUGCUGAUCUUGUGCCAGUGGGAGGAGAGGGAGGUGAGACUUCCAAUAGAGACAGUUGUUGGGUGGAGAUCUUACAGAAUUUCAGCUUUCUGAUUCAAAGUUUCUUCAUGAAAGGAAAGUUGUGAAGGGUAGGAUCUCUAUUUAUACUAGACUCAGUUUCUUCAGAAGAGAAUCUGCUUGAUUGUCAUUUUUUGAAAAUGGAUUUG